UCCAAAUCAUCCAAAAUGCUCCAUCCAAAGCAAAAAGCAGGAGAUGAACACUAUGCAGCCAGCGCGGGGCACGUUCAUUGGCUGCAAGCCUGUAUGCAAAAAGUCGAAAGUCCAACCCAAGCCGAUAUUAAUGGCUUCUCUGCGCUGCACACUGCUGCUUUGCACGGCCGUUUGGACUGCAUAAAAAUCCUGAUUGAGAAGUUCAAGAUGGACGUAGACCUGUGCAGCGUGUCGGGCUGGAGACCCAUCCACCUGGUGCUGGGCAGGGAGAGUGGGAACAUGGCCAUGGAAUGCCUGAACUACCUCAUUGAGAAAGGGGCAGAAGUCAAUGUGCCGAACCAACUUGGCGUGUCUCCACUUCACAAGGCAGCGAGCGAGGGGCGUGAAAAGUGCAUCCAGGUUCUGGUUGAUGCUGGGGCUGAUGUCCACGCCAAGGACUUAGAAGGGCACGAGCCCAUUGACGUGUGCCGAAUGUGGGGCAACAGGGCCUGUGCUAGAUGUCUCUCCAGUGCCAUGUGGAAAGUAGACAAGGCCAACUUUGCUCGGCAGGUCUGCAGACUGAACAAAAUAAAAACGGAUUGCAAGAGGAAGGAAAAGGAAUUCCUUCAAAAAACGCAGAUGGAGUUGGAUUUCUGUAACAACUUGGCAUUUGAACACUGGCUAAAGAAAAAGCAUUUGCCUCUCCCCUCUGACAGGCUCCUGGGCGUCCUGGCGAACAGGCGUCAGAUGUCAGUGGCUCUCCAGAAGCACGCAGGGGAAAUGGUCAGCCUAGCCUCCUCCCCCAGCACAGUGGCCAGAGGAGAAACCUUCGACUUGGGCAUGUCGCAGAGGGGCCAGGUUCAGGGCCGGUGGAACGUCAGCACCAAGCUCUCCUCGGUGCCGGUCUCUUGCAUCGUCCGGCCAACGAUGGUGCGCCUGGGGGUUGACCCAGAGGAGACCCGGGAUCACGACUUCACCUCCUUCCUGUUUCUCCGCAAGAACGCCGCCGGAGAGCCCGAGAUUCAGAUCGACGGCCUAGGAGUGGUCUCUUCUGUGCCCGAGCUGCCCUUUGAUGUAAUUGCAAAGAGCCUCUUCCCCUGCACUCGGUCCAGCCGCCUGGAGGUCCCGAAGGAUCUGCGGCCCCUGCACCUCCUUGACAUGAAGCACAGGCGCCCUCCAAGCCCAGAGCAUAAAUGGACAGACCAGAUGGCCAUGAGCUUGCGGCGGACCCUCGACCCUGCCUUCAUAGGUGCGCUGAGGGCCCACGUCUCCACCUACAGUGACCCCAACGUGCUGUCUCCCAGGCGGGAGUCGGGUUGCUCCGGUGGCAAAGGAACCUCCUCCACCCAAAGCGAAGUCAGCUGCAGUCAGUGCUAGACCUCUUUGUGCUCUCAGGCCACAUUCUAAACAACUUGG